CGUGUGCCUGCUAUGUGCGUGCAUCAGUGAGCUCAGUGUGUGUUACCACUCUUUCCACUGUUUGUCAUGUUUGAAGAGAAAGAUGUAAAUAAUAAACUCAUAAACACCGACCUCACGUGUUAAGUUUUCAUCAGGGUGUACUGUCACUGUCCGUGGGCGGUCGGUCUGUGUGACAUUAACCGUGUUUGUAAACUGAGGUAGCUAGCUAACAGGCUAGCCGAUGGUGCUGCUUUAUUCCAGAUAAAUAUGGAGUAUCUACCGGACUGUAACGCCAAAUACAAAGAUGUGGACUACUGGAACAAGAGGUACGAGACGGAGGAGAGUUUCGAGUGGUUCGGGGAUUUCUCCAAGUUUCAGCACCUUCUAGUCCAACAUGUGGGAAGAGAUGAAAACAUUCUGAUGCUGGGUUGUGGUAACAGUGCUCUGAGUUUGGACAUGUAUCAGGCGGGCUAUACCUCCAUCAUGAACGUGGACUACUCCAGCGUGUGUGUGGAGAGCAUGGCUGAGCGUCACUCUGACUGUGCUGGUUUGAGCUGGGUGUGUAUGGACAUUAGCCACCUGGCCUUCCCCAAUGCUUCCUUCGAUGUGGUGAUUGAGAAAGGCACGCUGGACGCCAUGCUGGUGGAUGAGGAAGACCCUUGGAAUAUUUCAGACAGUAAUGCCCAGCUUAUGCACCAGGUGCUCUCUGAGAUCAGUCGAGUCCUGAAGCCAGGGGGUCGAUUCGUGUCGGUGACUUUCGCCCAACCACAUUUCCGCAAGAGACUGUACGCUCGCACUGAGUACAGGUGGUCCAUCAACCACUAUCACUACGGAGACAGCUUCCAUUACUUCCUGUAUGUCCUCACUAAAGGUGAGGAGCUCAGCCCAGAAGACACUGCACUGGAGAGGAGGCUGCGCACAGAAGCUGAGGCUCCACCCACUGUGGCGACCUUUGAAGACGUGGAAAAUGAGGACUUCCUUAAUAAUAUUGCUCUAUGAAGUCAAGUCCCACAGCUGUCAGUCAAAGCAAUUGCAAAUAAAUUUUUUCCUACUACAAGUGUUUCUAACAGGCAGUUUGAUCUUAUUUUUAACAUGUUUUAACAGUGAUUUUUUGUGGUCAUUUUGUAUGGAACAUCAUGAGGGUUGUCCCUGUACUUGAUCAUGAACUUCACCAGUCUCACGGAUUUUAGAUUUGUACAGGUGCAGUGAACAAGGCCACAUAAGCCAAUCUAGUUCAUUAAGGGUUAAGAUUAGACUUACUGUGAGUUUGGGCUCAGACCAUCACAUGUAGGGGAGCGCAGGGAGCAAUUUAAUACAGACUUCUUACGUUGUUAUACAAGGUCAAGCAGCAUGUGCUUCUGGCCAUAUUACCACAUUGCUUAGCCAUUGUCUUCUGUGAAAAUUCAAAGCGAUUCGUCAGUGAUUAAAGAGGUCUGUGCCAAAGAGUGUUUUUUUCUGAGCAUGAACAUAAUUUUUAACUUUUUUUUUCAGUUACUGAGCUGUUUUACUGUAAUCACCAUCUUGUUUCCUACAACACAGCCAUGUUUUGAAGCAUGUGGCAAGCACUAGUUAGGCUUACGUACAGCCUCUGUACUGCGAGGUUAGUUGUUACACAAGUUGUCUUGUUGUUCCGUACAUUUACACAGAUUAGAACAAUGUGCCAUAUUUUACUGAUGUCAUGUUUGUAUUUGCUGUCCUACACUGGCCAAAAAAUAAAUUUGUAAUUCAUUGGUCCACA